UACCUCCGGAUAGUUGCAUCUCAAGGGGCCUUAUCAGAUCGUAAAUUUCCCAUCGAAUAUGCCGCUACCCCAGGUCUAGAUGUGAAGUAUUAAGUUGAAGCAGAUCUGACGGCUUACUCCGUCCUCUUCGCAAUUCGCCACGGAAUGAUGCGCCGAAGGCGGAAGGCGGUCACCUCAUCCCAUGGGCGCUGCCUAGCCCUUAUAAUACGCAGCAGUAACCUAACUGCCAGACACUCACUCUCCUACCUCAUCGUCUCCUCAUCCUCCCUUCGUCCAUCCUCUGCCGUUCAUCACCUUUACCAUCUUUUCUCUUUGCUUCAUCCGCGUUCUGGUAUUUCUGUUGAUUAAUCCCCUCUCUCCGGCUAGUCCGGAGUGCUCUUGUCGCGUGGAACCUUCUCCAUCUUAUCUGGUGUAGCACCCUUAUCUAUAAGGAGCUGUACACCGCCGUCCGCAGCAUACUACGCAACAUAAACGACGAUUCACAUCAUGGCUACUCCCCUGCCUACAACGACCCCUGUGGGGCCGGACACUUUGAUUACGGUCAAAGUUCUCUAUAGUCUCACCAGUAGGCGUUUUAAGAUCCCUCUACGAGACCUCGGAGCUCGUGUAUUCCCGCAGAAGAUGCGCGAACUUCUUUCGAUCCCGUCGGACGUGGACGUCGCUUUCGAACGCUAUUCCGAUAGUGCCGCCUGUUAUGUCCGCCUCGAUAGCGAGGAUCCUGCAGUAUAUAAGCAGCUCUACCGUGCUGCUAAAGCUAAACUCAAGCUCCGUAUUAGAACUGUCUUUGUCAAUGGAUCAGAAACCGCUGCUGCUACGCCCCAGGUCGCUGAAAUAAGCAGCCUUGUGCAGCACAAAGACGCGGAGAAUAUCCCUUCGGGGCCGGACCUGAUUUCCCAGGUGAAGUCUGAAAUUCUGCCUCCCGUGGCAGCCAAUCCGAGGUUUCUUCCUGCGACCACAGGCGACUUGAACAAGAGCGAGGCCCUCAUCGGUCCAUCUGCACAGUUAUUCCAUAAAGGAUCUGAUCAGCCACAGUUGCGCUAUCGGGUUUUUACACUUGGCCAGGAUACACGCAGCCAUCCGGUUCUAGUGCCCUCUCACAAUUCCGCCAAUGGGGCCUUCUGUAUCGAUUGUAACAGCUGCGGCCAGUCCAUUCCAAAUGAACACUACCACUGUAGCAUCUGUGACGACGGUGACUAUGAUAUAUGCCAGCAGUGUGUCGACGCGGGCGUUUCCUGCAACGGAGAUGACCAUUGGUUGAUUAAGCGCUUUGUCAAGGAUGGUAUCGUGACCAACAGUACGACCGAGACCAUAGCUCCUCGCAAGACCGAAGUUGAGGUGGAACCGAAAGAAGAGAGCUCCGAGUCUGUCUCAGCUCCGGCACCAGAGUUUACUUCGAGGGCGACUGAGCCUAUCCUUGCUUCGUCGGAGACGCUGCAAGAUACGAGUGCCCGUACUUGCAAUGCGUGUUUCAAAGAAUUUGACGAGGCUAAGAUGGUGUCUUGUGAAGAUUGCGAAGAUUAUGAUCUUUGCCUGACAUGUCUACUCAAAGAUUCUCACGGCCAUAACCCUGCUCACAUUUUCUCUCUGAUCCGUGAGCAGAAGUUCUGCUUGAAGAAUUUGGUUCUGGCCAAGUGUCGCCCAGGCCGUCAGCAUGCCCAUGCAGCCAUCUGUGAUGGUUGUGACAAGCGCAUUAUGGGCGUCCGCCAUAAGUGCCUAACAUGCCCCGACUGGGACUACUGUUGGGAGUGUGCCAGGGAUGCUCCCCUGAAUCACCCUGGCCAUCGGUUUGUUCCCAUAUACGGAGAAAUUGCUGAGCCAUCAACAAGCCAGGAAGUUCAUUACGGCAUUUUCUGUGAUGGUCCACUUUGCAAGGACAAGCCUUCUGCAACAUACAUUACAGGUGUCCGCUACAAAUGUGCAGUGUGCCACGACACCGAUUUCUGCGCUGCUUGUGAGGCUCUUCCGACAAACAGCCAUAACCGGACCCAUCCUUUGAUUAAAUUCAGGACGCCUGUACGCAGUGUUACUGUCAGUACAUUUGGUGAUGACGGAGCCUGUGGAAACGUUCUUAAGAUGGGCGACGACAUUAAACCGACAGUACCAGUUUUCAGUAUGGAUGCCGAUCGGAGCCAUGCCAUCUCCGAGGUACAGACUGAACUACACGCGAAGGAGAAGCUCAGUGUAGCCGAACAUGACGAAAAUGCAACGGUUGAACCCAAAAAUUCAACUCACGAGGAGCAGAUUACAUCUACCCCAGAGCCUUCACCAGGGGAUGCCGAAUUUCAUGCCUUAUUCAUUCGGGACACAGUGUCCGACGGCAGCAAGGUUGCACCUAACCAAGUCAUUCAGCAAACGUGGACAUUGCAUAACCCUGGGCCCCUCGCAUGGCCUUCCGGUUGCAGCGUUCACUUUGUCGGUGGUGACUCCAUGUUCAACGUGGAUACCAAUGCCCCCUCCGGUCUCGGGUCCAUUAAGGAUGCCAUGGAGAGCAACCAGAUCUCCGACCAAGUCAUGCCAGGGUCUUCAGCUGACUUCACUGUGACACUUAGAGCACCCCGCCGUGAGGGUACUGCUAUCUCUUAUUGGCGUCUCAAGCUUCCUGACGGCACACCCUUCGGACAUAGACUCUGGUGUGAUAUUAGCGUGAGCUCUGAAGUUUCCCGAUCUGCUCCGGUGGAAACUGCAGAAACUGGAGAGACGAAGCGAGAGGAACAGUCUGAGGAUACUUCCAGAAAAGAAAAUGACAUUCAUGAGAGUGCCAUGAUCUUUCCAAGGCUCGACAAGGAAUCCCCUGUGACGAGCUCUCAUGAAGCCAUGGCUUCUGGUCCGGCAGCUCCGGUAGCCCCGUCCCUGUCUAAUAUGGAUGAGCACGAUCUUGUUGAAGACGUGGAGCAUUUGACCCUCGAUGGCGAUGAUAGUGACAAUGGUUAUUUUACUGACGAGGAGUAUGACAUUCUCUGCGCUAGCGACCAAGAAUACGAGAACGAAAAGCAAUCAGGAGUGAUGGCUUUAUCCUGAAGUGUCCUGUCUUCUUUGCCCGAUCAGAUUGUCCUCUGCGGUUCAAUGGGGUCUGCUAUUGGCGAUCUUUCACUAAGAGCGUCGCCUGAGCUGAUGCAAGCCAGCGCGGUUCGGUGUUGUUAUUGGGCUUGAUGCACCAUCUUUCCGGGGUUCGUAAUUUCUACUAUUUCUGAUCAUGAUUCGAC